AUGCACCGCACGAGUGAAGGAUUUGCAGUCUUAGGCUAUGGCUUCAAACUGGAUAUAUUACCGAAUGUCUGCACCUUUAGCACACUCUUAAAUGGACUCGUCCUAGAAGAUAGAGUCCUCAAAGCUGAAAGAUUAUUCAAGACACUGAUCAAAGAAGGAAUGUGUGAACCUGAUGCAAUUAUGUACACCACUAUGAUUAAAGGGCUUUGUAAAUUUAGCAAUAAUGAUACUGCCAUUGCAUUGCUUAAGCUAAUGGAGGGAAGAGGUUGCAAACCUGAUGUGUUCACAUAUAGCACUAUCAUUGAUAGUCUUUUCAAAGACAAGUGGUCGAUGAUGCUUUAA